GGGUGGAUACUAUGGCCGUCACUCACCAUGAAAGAUGAUGGACAGCCGUAUAAACCAAUUCACGAUGGAGGAAUGUGGAGGUGGCCAAUUAAAAUGCAGCAAAGAGAAGGCUGUAGUUAGAUAGAGAGCGCGAGGGCGGAAGCAAAUACCAGAGUCUCUGUGAGAGAACAGCGAAGAAGACUAACGACGCGGCAUGAAGAGCCACUCAUUCCACUAACAUGGACAAGUAUGAUAAGGUGAAGAAAAUUGGGGAAGGUUCAUUUGGAAAGGCCAUUCUUGUCAGAUCCAAAGAAGAUGGACACCAAUAUGUCAUCAAGGAGAUUUGCAUUUCUGGAAUGCCAAAUAAAGAGAGGCAGGAAUCUCGAAAAGAGGUUGCAGUUCUUGCCAACAUGAGUCAUCCCAACAUCGUCCAGUAUAAGGAGUCUUUUGAAGAGAAUGGCAGCCUGUAUAUUGUGAUGGACUAUUGUGAGGGAGGAGACCUCUUCAAGAAGAUCAACUCUCAGAAAGGAGUUCUGUUCUCUGAAGAGCAAAUCUUGAAUUGGUUUGUGCAGAUUUGCUUGGCACUGAAGCAUGUACAUGAUCGAAAAAUCCUCCACAGGGAUAUCAAAUCACAGAACAUCUUUUUGACAAAAGAUGGGACUGUACAGCUUGGAGACUUUGGAAUUGCAAGGGUGCUGAACAGUACUGUAGAACUGGCAAGAACAUGUAUAGGAACACCGUAUUACCUGUCACCAGAGAUCUGUGAAAACAAGCCGUACAACAACAAAAGUGAUAUUUGGGCCUUAGGUUGUGUCCUAUAUGAAAUGUGCACCCUUAAGCAUGCAUUUGAGGCUGGCAACAUGAAGAACCUAGUUCUGAAGAUCAUCCGUGGCUCCUACCCUCCUGUAUCUGUUCACUACUCCCAAGAACUGCGCUCUCUCUUGGCACAGCUGUUCAAACGCGACCCUCGAGAGAGGCCCUCAGUCAACAGCAUACUGGACAAACCUUUCCUCACCUGUAGGAUACAGAAGUUCCUCACACCACAGAUCCUUGCUCAGGAAUUCCGCCAUACAUUUCUUCACAAGCAGCCUAAAGUGAGUGCGGUGCAGGGGCCACCAGCCAAGCGUUCUGCCCCUGGUUCCAUACCGCUCGCCCCAGCACAGAAGAUUACCAAACCAGCUAGCAAAUACGGCGUGCCUUUAACUGUGAGGAAGGUGUCAGAUGCGGCCAAAAAGCCUGCAGAGAGAAAACCGGCUGUGAAGCAUAAACCGGCCCCUCUCCCAACAGGCCCUCAGAGAAGAGUGAGUCAAGUGGAGGAAGAGAGGAAAAAACAUGAGGAUGGAAUCAGAAAGAAAAGGAUGGACCUGAUUGAGAAAGAGCGGAAACAGAGGGAGCAGAUGUUCCUGUUGAAAACAGAACAGAGAUAUGAAAAGGAAAAGAUCAACCGUAUAAAUCAAGCCAGAGAACAAGGGUGGAAGCAUGUUUUGAGUUUAAGUGGAGGUAGCAGCCCAGAGAGGAAGUGUUAUGUAGGUGGUGGAAGGAGGGCUGUCCCAAGUUCUGUUCAGGGUCCACCUCCUGCCCCUGUCCCAAGUAAAAGCCCAUAUGAACACUACCAUGCUGCCCUGGACCAAAUGGCUAAACCACAGCCAAAAGUCAUCAGCAGGGAGGGAUCCUCAGGAGGACCAGGCAGUCCUGUUCGUGUCCCAGCUGCUGCUGGCCCAGUGCUCCCCAACGGCCCAGCGCGGCUCCUAAACCCUGAUGCAAUAAAGAGAGAACUACAGAGGCUGCAACAUAAGCAAGCCCAUUUUAGUCGACAGUGUGGUCAGACGGGUCCUGGGCGGGCUUAUCAAGUUCAGGAAUUUUUACAGCGGAAAAGAGAAGCCAUGCUCAACAAAGUUCGUGCUGAGGGACAGCUGGGUACUUGGCAAAACCUGGCUGCAAUCUAUGGAAGCCGGGCUGGCUCAUUUCGGUGCCGGAGGCCCAGAGCCAACAAAGAGGAGGAGGAGUACUUGUCACGACUGAGGCAGAUCCGCUUGCAGAACUUCAAUGAGCGUCAGCAGAUCAAAGCCCGACUCAGAGGAGAGAAGUACGACAGUGAUGGUUCUGACAGCCAGGAGUCAAGUGAGGAGGCAGAGCUCAGAAGAAAGAAGAUUGAGACUUUAAAAGCCCAAGCAAACACUCGUGCUGCCGUGCUGAAAGAGCAACUAGAGAAGAAGAGGAAAGAAGCAUAUGAGAGGGAAAAGAGAGCUUGGGAGGACCAUCUUGCAGCUCGGGGAUUGAAGGUUGGCGGGGCAGCAGGAAAUGUAGCAGCAGCAGCAGCAGCAGUAGCAGUAUCAUCUACCUCAGACAGUCCUCUUCCUCAGCCCAGCCCCUCUCAACAAGACCCAGCAGCCAAAGCUCCAGAGCUGCCUGCAUUCAAACCCCAAUCCACCCCAGCUAUAUCCAUGACCGCUGCCCUGAAGAAUGUUGGAGCAAUGACUCCGCCAAAAGAAAGCUUGCCUGAGGCAGAUACUGCUACGGUCCUCCAGAGUGAGAAAAGGCAGAUUCUGCGCAGACUUAAUCAGAACCUUAAAGCUCAGAGCCCAGUAGAGGAGGUGGAGUCGCCUCCUCCACCCCCUGAAGAACCAAGUCCUGCUCCCCAACAAAACCAGUCUGACACAGAGAAGCGUCCCUCCUCAAAUGGAGACCGGAAGAAGUGGGAUGCAGCAAUACUGCCUGUACUUCCUGUGGCUCAGAAAACCUUAGAGGAUGCCUGUGUCAUGACGGCCGCUUCAUCUGUGUCUGCAGAGGACAGACCAUCUUCUGGUGGAGACAGGAAGAAGUGGGAGGCAGGAGUUCCACUUGUCCUCUCUGUAGCCCAACAAACUCUACAGCAGACGUGUAUCACGACCAUUGAGCAAACAGCGGGUGAAGUUAUACAGAUGGGUGUGCUACAUGACGAAGCCCCCAGGAAGGUGUGGGGAGCGAAUCCAGAUUCUCAGGUGCUCAGAGUCCUUCAGGAGGCAGAACUUCAGCCUCUGACUCAGCAGCUGGACAAUGCCACCAUCUGUGAGGAAGACUUUUAUAGCCCUGACAAAGCCAACAAAACACCAGCUGCUGAGAUUGUGAAGACACCUAAAGAAGUGUUGCCCUGUAAGCAAGCGCCAUCUGAUGUGGUUCAGAGCCCAGAGAUUCAAAAGGAGAGUACACACACCCCAGAGGGUUCACAACAGGAAGUGUCUGUGGCCAGUGCAGUAGAAAGAGUGAUGCUGCCACCCGACCAUACAGAGACUCAGGAUCCAGGAGAUGUGGAGUCAGUUGUUUUGGAAGAAGCACCUAAACAGGCCUUGUGUCCCCCAACUGGUGUGCAGCAGGCAUGGGAGCAAGAAGCACAACAGAAAAUGCCACCAGAGGGUAUCGCAAGACCAGCAGGAACUAAGGAGGUUGAGAGAAGUGCAGAGAAACCAAAUGAAUCUUCCGGUUUAGCACAGUGCGAGGAGCCCCUGUUUAUGAAGUUGUGCUCCCCGGCCCACCGACGCACUGCUGCCCUUGCAAUCCUCUCAACCCAGUCCUCUAUGGAUGAAUCAUCCUCCUCUCUGGCCUCUCGCUCACGCUCAGUCUCACCUCUGCACUCCAAACACCAUGACUCCCUCCUCAUUGGUCUCUCUACGGGCAUGUUUGACACCAACAACCCAAAGAUGCUGCGGACGUGCUCUCUACCAGACCUAAGUCGUCUCUUCAGCGCUCAGCAGGACUCUGCAGUGACUAAUGCUAAUGUGGCCCCAAACAGCAAUCUGGAAAUCGAGGACCUGGAUGAGCCAGCUAAAGAUGAUGAGCAGUCAGAGACUGAAGAUGCAUAUGAAGAUGAAGACCUGCGGGACAUCCGGGCCUCCAUGGAGAGACUGCUGCAGGAAGAGGGCGAGUUAAUGAGGAGCCCACCAGAGGUUGGUGCAGCAGAUUUCAACAGAAACCCUCCAGAAGAGCUUUUCAACAGGUUAGCAGCUGAAAUUGAUCAGGACAACAAUGAAAUGGCUGUAGAUGAUGACUAUGAUGAUGAAGACGAGGAGGAGGAGGAGGAGGAGGAGGAGGAGGAAGAGGAAGAAGGCGAAGAGGAAGAGGAGGAUGAGGAGGAGGAAUGCUCUAAUGGGAGUCCUGGUGAUGAGGACCAGAGUAAUAACAGCCAGCUCAAUGAAGAGUGGCAUUCAGAUGGCAGUGGAGAGGACCAGAGCGUAGAGGCUGCGUAUCAUGACAGCAUCUUCAGUCGUCUGGAAGAACUCCGCUUCAACCUGGAGCAGCAAAUGGGCUUUGAGAAGUUCAUUGAGGCCUACAGUAAGAUUAAGGCUAUACAUGAAGAUGAAGAUGAGAAUAUUGACCUGGGCUCCAGUUUGGUGUUGAGCAUUUUGGGAACUGAGCAUCAGCAUCUGUAUCCCAACAUCCUUCAUCUAGUGAUGGCAGAUGGCGCAUACCAAGAAGAUAAUGAUGAAUAAUGUUUUGUGCAGCGGAGCUGCUGGCAGCCAUGACAGUCUGCCAGCUUUCUGAUGUCUUCCCGUCACGCACACCAUUGACAGAGGGAUCUAUGCAUGAGGUGUUGCAGCCACGCAUCUAACAGUGUUUUGAGCACACUUGCAUGAUGAAUAACUUGUACACUCAAGGCUGUAUUUCAUAUUUUGACUAUCAGCACCUGACACUAUUUUCUCACCAGUGUUCAUUCAAAAGUGCAUUAUCAAAUACGUGUCCAUAUUAACCAAAGUUAACUUCCAGGUUCUGUCAGAUGUUUAUGAAAGUCUGUAAAUUAAUGAAAAACGUGUAUAGUCAAUAUUGAUUAAUAGCAUAAACCCUAUUGUGUUUCAGUUUGUUGUUGUUUUGUUUGGACUCUUCAGUGGUAUUUUAUUUUGCCGGGCAAAGAUCUGGUCCUCUCAGGUGCUCUCUUUCUGAUUGUCACAUACUCAAAAGCUUCAGAAACAUACACCAGGUCACCCUCAAAACAAAAGUACCAACUUACUACAGAGAACCAGUUGAACCUCCUUUUCUUACAACACUUUUCACCAAACUUGAAGCUAGAUAUUAUCUAAUACAUUUUCCACAUUUCUUACUGUCUCAGUUAAGAUUUCUCUGAGACUGCUGUAUGUUGCCAAGGUACUAUAGGAAGACUGGCAUUGGAGUGGUGGGUGUGAUAGUAUGGGCCAGGUCAGACUCAUAUUCAGUGCAGAGAGCUGAUGAUAUAAGCAAUGAUGUUAAGAUGUUAACAGUAACUCAUAUUUGAUUAUAAAUAAAAUAUUGUAAAUCUUUAUAUGAAAUAAACGCUUUCUUAAAGAA